GCUCGUAUUGAUCCUCGAGCUCGUCGCCGCCGCUCAGCCAGCUUGCUAAGUCCGAUGGUUGUGGGACUAUUUUGCUGAUGUAAUACACAACACUCAUUUCCAUUAUUUAUAAAGCUGUUUAUAAUCCGUAACUCUCUUAGUAUUUCAGUAUUUUAUACAAAAGUAUCGUGUAUCUCUGUCUGUAGUCAGUAGAGUGUAGGGGUGAAAUCGUAAUUCAAGUAGCAGGUGAAGGUCAUUUUUCUCAUUCCCUUCGGUGUGGCAUUGCUAUCGGCUUACUAAUUUUCAGCACAGAUCAUUUGAAUUAUGCCAGCUAACGAUGGUUUCGAGUCUGAAAAGGAAAAAAAGGAUGCUACCGCGAAACCAAAUGGUCAUGGAUCUUGUAAUACGAACGAUUCUGGUGAUUUGAGUGAGAUACAUUUUCAAAAUGUGGAUUUGAACGAUGAUGUUGAGAAUAAGGAUGAUGUCAAAGAGAAUCAACGCGCUCAAAGUGGGGAACCGAAUGCUGAAGAUGACGGUAAAGAUGAGAAGACAUCCGAAGAAAAGAAAGAAUCUGGUGAAAAGAAGGCUGAACCAACACCGAUGGUUUCCUAUGGGAACUUGUUUCGUUUUGCUGAUCGAUUUGAUGUGAUUUUGAUGAUCAUUGGCACCAUCGGAAGUUUAGCCCAAGGAGCAAUGAUUCCAGUUCAGUUUAUUAUUUUUGGUGAUCUCUCAGAUUCUUUCAUUGAAUAUACAGUAUGUUUAGAUCCUCGCUCGAACUGUACAACUAUUCCUAACAUUGAGGAAGAUAUGAUACCAUUCGCUUAUUACUACGUGGGUAUCGCCGUUGCCAUGGCAGUAGCUGUAGGUAUACGGAUGGUCACAUAUGAAUUGACUGCUGAACGUCAGGGAAAUUCAAUCCGCAAAGCUUUCUUUAAAUCAAUUCUUCGUCAAGAAAUGGGUUGGUUUGAUACGAAUGAUGCUGGAGAGCUAAACAAUCGCUUAUCUGAUGAUUUGAAUAAAAUUGUCGAUGGACUUGGUCGCAAGUUGGCUGCGUUUCAAUAUUGCGUUGCGAGCUUUAUCUGUGGUUAUUUUCUUGGUUUUUUCUAUGGAUGGAAACUAACGCUUGUUAUAUUGUCCCUUUUUCCGGUUAUUGUUAUAUCUGGCGGAUUCUUAGGAUGGGUGAUCACGGGUUUUACGACAAAAGAGUUAAAAGCAUAUUCUGAAGCAGGUAGCGUGGCCCAGGAGGUUUUCUCUUCGUUUAGAACAGUUGCAGCAUUUGGCGGAGAAGAAAAAGAAACUGAAAGGUACACCUCUCGUCUUGGCGCAGCUCGUAAAAUGGGAGAGAAAAAAGGAUUGGCAAAUGGUCUUGGCAUGGGGAUGUUUAAUUUCAUCAUGUUCUGUUCUUACGCCUUAGCUUUUUGGUAUGGAGCUACGCUUGUCAUUGAGAAAGAAAUGACUGGCGGAAAUCUGUUGAUCGUUUUCUUCAGUGUUAUGGUCGCAUCUAUUUCGGCUAGUCAAGCUGGACCCAGUAUGCAAGGAGUUGCCUCGGCAAGAGGUGCAGCCUAUCACUUAUACGAGCUAAUAGAUCGCACUCCUGUUAUUGAUAUUUCAUCUGAAGAUGGCGUGGUGCCUGAAACGUUAGAAGGAAGCGUUGAGUUCAAGGAUAUUUCAUUCACUUAUCCUUCGCGGCCUGACAUUCAGAUUCUAAAUGGGUUUACUCUGUCAGUGCCUAAAGGAAAAAGAGUUGCACUCGUUGGUGAAAGUGGUUGUGGCAAAAGUACUGUGGUUAAACUCAUUCAAAGAUUUUAUGAUAUUGCAGAAGGCAAUCUGUCAAUUGACGGACGAGGCAUCGAAACGUAUAAUCUUAAGUGGCUUCGUCAGCAUAUCGGUGUAGUCAGUCAAGAACCUGUUUUAUUUGCAACCACGAUUGCUGAAAACAUUCGUUAUGGAAGAGAUGAUGCAACACAAGACGAAAUUGAAGAGGCAGCGAAGAUGGCCAAUGCACAUGAUUUUAUAUCAGCUAUGCCGCAGGGUUAUGAAACGUUGUGCGGAGAGAGAGGAGCUCAGAUGAGUGGAGGUCAAAAACAACGCAUUGCCAUUGCUCGUGCACUAGUCAGAAAUCCUACAAUAUUAUUGCUAGAUGAAGCAACAUCGGCUCUUGAUACUGAAAGUGAAUCCAUUGUACAAGAGGCACUGGAUAAGGCAGGAGAAGGUCGAACAACUUUCAUUAUUGCCCAUCGUCUUUCUACCGUUCGUGAUGCAGAUAUGAUUGUUGCUGUGAAAGAUGGUGCUGUGGCCGAAAUCGGUACACAUGACGAGUUGAUGAACAAAGAUGGUGUCUAUAAGCAAUUAGUUAUCUUGCAGACAAUAGAAGGAGCUGAAGAAGACAGCACAGUGGAAAACAGGAAUGAUUCCAUUAAGAAUGGCCAUCAACCUGCAGCGCCUGUUCGAAGCAUUUCUUCUGAUAGCGAAGGAGCAAAACAUUCCGUUCAUUCACCUAAAGUAAAUCGUCAAGUAUCAAGACAACAGUCAGGAUAUAAGCGUCAAGAAAGUGAACGUGUUAUUGAAGAAGAGGUUGAACCAGCAGCAGCGUUAAGAAUUAUUAAAAUGAGUAAACCCGAAUGGCAUUAUUUACUUCUUGGAACGUUUGGUGCAGCGAUCAAUGGCUCAUUUCCCUUUGUUUUUGCUUUUCUUCUUGGUGAAAUAUUUGGCGUAUUUGCAAAAAAUCCUGAUAUUCCUUCUCAGAGGAACGAAAUGGAAGAAGAUUCAGAAUUCUGGUCGUUAUUAUUUUUGGCUUUAGCCUUUGCUAUGCUGUUUGGAAAUACAGUUCAGUCUUGGAUGUAUUCUAUUGCUGGAGAAAUUUUAACACUGAGGUUGCGGAAGCAAGCAUUUAAAUCUCUAGUUCGCCAAGAUACAAGUUACUUUGACGAUCCCUACCAUUCCACUGGAGCACUUACCUCGAACCUAGCCACUCAUGCAUCAACUGUUCAAGGGGCGACAGGAUCAAGAUUAGGAGCCAUUGUAUCUUCUCUCAUUACAACAGUUGGUUGUUUAGCGUUAGCGUUUGCUUCUGGUUGGAAACUAGCUUUACUUGUGGUUGCUUUUAUACCCUUUAUUAUCCUUGGAGCUGUGACGCGGAUGCGAGUAUAUUUUCGAGGCUCAGGAAAUGUUAUCAAUUCCGAAGAGGCAGGCAAAAUAGCUGUCGAAACAAUUUUAAAUAUCCAAACAGUCGCUGCGUUGGGCAAGGAAGAAUGUUUUUAUGAGAAAUACAUGGAAGCUGUUUCAGAGAUGUACACAAAACGUAAAAGAAAGGGUAUAAUCGGUGGAAUGUUCGCGGGAGUAUCCCAAAGUUUCGUUUUGUUAUCCAGUGCAGCAGCGUUCCGUUUUGCGGGAUAUUUGGUGCAAAAUGGAGAAAUGUCUUUUACUGGCGUCAUGAAAACUGUUCUUGCAGUCCAAAUGGGAGCUAUGACGGCAGGACAAAUAAGUGCAUUAACACCGGAUUAUGUCAAAGCAAAGAUAGCUGCAGCCAGAUUGUUCAAACUGUUUGAUACAACUCCUAUUAUCCAAAGUGACUCCGAAGAAGGACUGAAGCCAAGCACUAGCGAGGGCUAUAUCGAGUUUAAGGACGUCACAUUCAGAUACCCAUUCCGUCAAGAUGUUAAAGUUCUUCGUGGAUUGAAUUUAAAAAUAGAACCAGGAAAGACUGUGGCUUUGGUUGGAUCAAGUGGCUGUGGGAAAAGCACUACUGUUUCACUCAUUCAAAGGCUGUAUGAUAUUGAAAUGGGCAGUGUUAUGAUUGAUGGUAAUGACAUCAGGUCGUUGAAUGUUUCAUGGCUUCGUCGCCAGAUUGGGAUAGUUUCUCAAGAACCUGUUCUAUUUAAUUGUUCUAUUCGUGAUAACAUUGCGUAUGGAGACAUCAGCAGGGAGAUGAGCCAAGAGGAAAUUGAAAACGCAGCAAAAGCAGCGAAUAUUCAUGAUUUUAUUAACACUUUACCGAAGGGCUAUGACAGCAUGGUUGGAGAUAAAGGAACAUUAAUAUCUGGAGGACAAAAACAAAGGAUCGCCAUUGCUCGAGCACUGAUACGUAAUCCUAAAAUACUUCUGUUGGACGAAGCCACAUCAGCGCUUGAUACAGAGAGUGAAAAGGUUGUCCAAGAAGCUCUGGACAGAGCAUGUGUUGGUCGAACAACGUUAAUAAUUGCUCACAGAUUAUCUACAGUACAAAAAGCAGAUAUGAUAGCAGUAAUAAAAUCUGGUCAUGUCGUUGAAAAAGGAACCCAUCAGAAAUUGUUGGAGAUGAAAGGCGCUUAUUAUUAUCUUCAGCAAGCUCAGACUUGAUGUGGUAAAGUUUCUUAUUACGAUAAGUAUAUAGCCG